AUGACUACCAACACAAAAUCUGCGUUUGGCAAAAACAACAUCUUUGCGCCUGAAUCACCCUCAAUAUGGCAGCACUUGCAGCGAAACCCGCUACUCAUAACCGCACAAUGGCUGUACGCCCAUCGGCCGCCCAUGGUCAUACCACGACCCACCUUCGGUACACCAGUAAAGGUUGUGUGCAUUUCAGACACCCAUAACGAGAAAAUACAUGUGCCUAAUGGCGACAUUCUCAUUCACUCUGGGGACAUGACCAUCAACGGUACGUUCGAAGAAAUCCAACUACAACUCGGUUGGCUAGACAGUCUGCCACAUCACCACAAGAUUGUAAUAGCUGGAAAUCACGACUUGUUUCUCGAUCAAUCCUUUUUCCACCGCAACCCACGACUUGCAAGCCCAGACAAUGAACGUAAAAUGAAAGAGCUGAAAUGGGGAAGUGUGGUGUACCUGAACAACGAAUCAAGGACAUUCGACAUCCGGGACCGCACCGUUCGGGUCUACGGCAGUCCCAUGACACCACAAUAUGGCAACUGGGCGUUUCAAUAUCCAGAGAACGAAGACAAAUGGUGCAACACUAUCCCAGAAUCAACAGACAUACUCGUAACGCAUGGCCCGGCCAAAGGACAUCUCGAUUCUUCGCCUUCGAAUCCUACGUAUUUGCAGGGCUGUGCUCAUCUCCAACGGGAACUAUGGCGUGCCAAACCACGACUACACGUUUGUGGGCACAUCCACUCAGCGAGAGGAGUUGAGCGAAGGAGCUGGGAAUGGUUGGAGUGGAGUUAUGACACUGUGUGCCGUGGCGAAGGACGCGUUGGCACUAUGCUGAUAAUUCUUGCUAGUUGGGUCGGGGCUUGGGUACUGUAUGCGUUGGGAAGAGAGAACAGAGGGGUUAUGACGAGUGUCAACGCAGCGGUUGUCAGGGACUGGGGUUUAGCUGAAAGCAAAAAAACUCUUAUCGUAGAUCUUGUCUAG